AUGAAUAUUUUCUUAUUAUUUUUUUAUGGGGCCAUUCUACCUGUGUAAUCAAAUGAUACUCUAAUCAAUGUUUAAGCUAUUUGGAGACACGGAGCAAGAGACUUUUAUUAUUGCAAUUGGGGAUGUGAUAAAAAUAAUGAACCUGAUGGUGAUUCCUAAAUUCUUACUCCUGCAGGCAUGAGACAAUAAUAUGUUUUGGGAAAAUGGCUAAGAUAAAGAUACAUAAUUGAUAAUCACCUUCUGUCUCCCUAAUUUAAUGAGAAUGAAAUUUAUAUAGAAAGCACCGACUACAAUAGGUACAAAAUAUAUCAAUUUGAGAACUAUUAUGAGUGCUUAUAGCAACUUAUAAGGAAUGUAUCCAGAAGGCUCUGAACUUCCAAAUGUAACUGAAGAUAAGCUGUUGCCUCCUAAUUCUGGUAGUAAAUCUCCUUCUAUAGGAAAUUAUGCUCUACCUAAUAAAAUUUAACUCAUACCAAUUCAUACAAAAGAAGAGGAAUAGGACUAUGCCUUAGCAAUUUAUUGUAAAACUACAGGGUCAACAGUUAAAUAGAACAAAUAAACCGAGCUGUAUCAUACAAUCAACUCUGCGAAUUAAACCUAAGAACUAUUCCAAAAAUUCAAUUCAGAAUUAGGUCUUGUUGGAGAAUAAUAAGUAAAUGAUAUAAUCGAAUUGGCUAAAUGGAGAGACACUUUUACAUGCAAUAGAUAUAAUGGUGAUUAGUUGCCUCCAAAAUUAGCAGCAAAAACUCUGUUUUUUAUGGACGAGAUUGCAUUACUAUCCUUUAGUUUGAGAUAGUUUCAAAAUUGGGAAUAAUCGAAAUUGUAUUCGACCCCAUAUCUAUAAUAAGUUAUUGAAAACUUUGAUAAUUUUAUUAAUGGGAAAUCCAAAGUUAAAUACCGAGGUUCUUCUUCUCAUGAUUCUACGAUGCUAGGUAUUAUUUCUGGUUUAAAUUUGACAAGCGCUUAAUGUUAAGCUGAUAUUUAUUUAAAAAAAGAACAAUCAGACAUCUUCUGUUUAACUGAAGUAUCUUAAUUAAUAUUUUAGAAUAUAGAAUUCUCAUCUAAUCUAAUAAUCGAGCUCUACAACAAUACCAUUAAUGGAUUAUAUGUUAGAAUACUUUAUAAUGGGGAAUAUGUACCAGUGUGUUCUAAGUAAGGAACCUUUUGCUAAUAUGAUAAAUUUAAAUCAAUCCUCAGGUAGCAAUUUGUGGAUUACGAAAAAGAAUGCAAUUUGAGCAAGGAGAUUCAAAGACCAGUAAGAAUACAUAAUAGAAUUUAUAAGGUCGUUUACAAGAUUCCUCUUUGGGUCAUACUAUUUUUUGUAUUAGUGUUACUCUGUACUUGCGGGAUUUUUCUAUUGGUUUUCAAGUUAAAGUAAAUGAAAGAUCCAGAUGUUUCGGAUUCUACUAUUUCCUAAUGA